AUGUCGUGGCGACGAGAUGAGCGCCCCAGUCGCUGGGGCGAAGCCAAACCCCGAUCGCCGGUUUGGGAGAUGCGGAGAAGCACCAGCCCCGAUUGCAAUCGUCAAGCAUCACCACGUGAUCGUCAAAAGGAGCGAAGGGAUCGCCACGACCGAUAUGACCGUGAAAGACGAGACCGGGAUCGCGAUGGUGACCGUUAUCGCCGCGAAAAUCGUGACCGCUUUGAUAAACGCGAUCGUCGUCGUUCUCCGCGACGUUUUGAUGACAAGGAUAUCCCCACAGCUCCAUCUCCCCCGAAUAUCAGCCGCGAUAGGUCUAGGGAUAGAGAUAGAAGUAGGUCCCAGUCCAGAAGUCGUUCUCGUAGUUAUGAGCGACAGGAUAUUGACUAUGAUACUCAAGAUACUCAGUCAGCUUCGCCAGGUGAUUGGAUAUGUAAAUGUGGUUCUUAUAAUUUUAAACGCAGGCAGAUUUGUUAUAGACGUAACUGUCAAGGCAAACGUUCUGAAGGUAACGUCGUGGGUGGUGAAGAUAGAAAUGGCUCGGAACCUGCAGCUGGUAUUACCAAAAGGUUGUUAUUUAGACGUUUAGAUGCUUUAACCACAGAGGAAAAAAUUCUUGAUUCAAUAAAGGAACGAUGUUCUAAGUCUGUGUUGGAUUCUAUUGCUGGUAUCACUAUUGGUCGAGAGACACUAACAGGAGCCUCAAAGUGCUUGGCAUAUAUCAACUUUAAUUCUAUUGCUGAUUCAACAGCUGCUCAUUCUGAAUUAAUUAGCCUCAAUCCCUCAUUGAACAUUGAUAAUAGAGAAGUAUUAGUAUCAUUUUAUAAUGAGCCUCAGAAAGUGCCUAAAACCACUUCAAGUACAGAGUAUUCCUCAUACAAUUAUUUGCAGAAUAGAUCAAACUUUGCUUCAAAUCAAACACUUUCUGAAGCAGAUAGGGUAAAUGCGGCUGCUGCUGUUGCUCAAUCGGCUAUCUCAGCAGCUCAAGCUCGCCAGGUCUCAUGGACUCCUGUUUCUGUUCCUGCAUUUGUUAGUUCCACAUCUCAGUCUGCCUCAGUGACCAAUAUUCCUACAGGUGAUGGCAAAAUACAAUACUCAGCUCCUGAUGUACGAACAUUCCUCUAUGAUGAAACCUCAGGUUAUUAUUAUGAUCCUGUCACAGGUCUUUACUAUGAUGGUAACACACAGUACUUUUACAACAGUCAGACAACUCAAUAUAUGUACUGGGAUGCCGCUAGAUCCACCUAUAUUGCUGCCACACAAAGCCAACAAAAUACAAACCAACCUAAGUUGCAAAAUCCCCCUCAAGCUACGUCAGAGAAUACAAUUCCAAAAGAACCAGAAGAAAAAAAGAAAAAAGAUAAAGAGGACAAAGUUAAGGUUGCAAAGAAGAUAGCAAAGGACAUGGAGAGGUGGGCUCGUACCUUAAAUCAAAAGAAAGACAAUGCUCGGAGUAACAUUAUUAUGGAACAACCCCUGGACCAUUCAACCAGCAAGGGUUCUGCAGAUAUUGGGUUUUCUGUUCUAGGAGCUGGUCCAUCCUUACAACAUCAUUCCCACAUAAGAGAAAUCUCUCCUCCGCCCGUGGAAGACGAAUUUUUAAUGAAAAGAACUGAAUGUAAUCAGUUUGAGUCAGACGAAGGAAUUAUAGAUUGGGUUAAACUGACUUGCCUUCUCUGUAAGCGACGCUUCCCUUCAGCUGAAGUAUUGACUAAACACAAGACACUAUCAGACUUACAUAAACAGAAUUUUCUGGAACAUCAAAAGAAAAACAGCUCGUUACCUCAAAGUAAUGGUUACAGAGAUAGGGCAGCUGAGCGUAGGAUGAAGUUUGGUGAAGAUGAGGCACCAAUUCGUAAAAGAUAUGAAUCAGAUAUUCAAACACCUAUAUUUGCACAUACACCUCAACCGGUUGUAGACACCAUUGGUGGCAAAAUGCUACAGAAAAUGGGUUGGUCAGAAGGCAGAGGGUUGGGUAAGGAAGAACAAGGCCGCAUAGCUCCAAUAGAAGCCGAACAGAGGCCAAAUUUAGCUGGACUAGGACAAAAACGAGGAAUCUAUACUCCCACACCUGGGCUCACAUAUAGAGACACUGUAAAGAAGCUGAUGAUUGCUCGAUACAAAGAAGUGAUUCAGGAAGAAGGAGACUAG